CUUCCUCUUUCACUCAUAUCACUCGUUCUUCUGCGGAGACUCACACAGCAUCUCUGGACUUACAGAUUUGGAACAGCAAACAUGAAGUUCGCAGUACUUCUGAGUGGACUCCUGCUGCUCUUUCUGCUUCCUAACUGGACAGAAAGUGUUGACACUGUGGACAUCAGUACUCUCGCCCGUAUUAUAAACUUCUUUGAGCGGAACUAUAAGAGAGUUGAUACAGAUGGCCAUCCUCGUCAGUAUGCUGUAGCCAUCAACGUGCCAAAGGAUCAGUGUCAACCGGACUUCUAUCCUGAACAGAACAACUUCCUGACUCGAGAGAAUGCAGAGAGUGUGAGAAAUGCUAUUAAUGAUGAAACAAAUGGACUUUACCAAGGUGAAGAACUCAUCGCUGCAGGACUUAAAAAGAUUGUAAUUAGUAGAAAGAAGCAAUACUAUUUGCAUUCAGAGUCUCUAUUGCUGAAUCCUCCUGACAACUCACCCAUGACCAAUCUUUUGAAUAAAAUAAAAGACGGCUGUUCUGUUUUCUAUACGUUUAAUUCUCCCUGUGUUGACUCAUGUCUGAAUGCAUCAAGGAACCACAACAUCUUAGAAGCCCUGAGGAAAUGGCAAGAACAUGAUGGAAUUAAAGCUUUCGUCUUUAGGAAUAUCUGGGGGAAUGACCUUGGAAAAGAUCUUCAGACUGCAUUUAAGAAGAUCGCGGCUCAUGUUCCUCUCUUCCGUUGUGUGAGUGAGAAUCAGUGUUAUGCUUGUAACAGAGAAGGAAACCUUCCCAUAAAUGCUCACUGUCUGACUUGACCAGAAAACUUACAUUUAUGCAGUAAAAUUCAUUUGAAAAGAAAUCUUGUUUUCUGGUUGAACAAAUAAAAUAUUUCUGCCUGCUU